GUUCAACUGGUUUCUUAGAAUUCAGUGAGAUCAGUUCCUCAUAAGGGUCGACACCGCCGCUAUAAAUACCGAGAGCAGAGGCAGAUUCCUGACGACGUUCUCGCCCGUGAGUUGUGUGGCGAGGUCCAGCUUCUCUAUCUCCCAGAAGAUGCGUGUGGUAGUAGCAAUUCUUUGGGCGGUGGCAGGGGCGGUGUGGGCGCUGGAGGAGGACAGUGUGGGCGCCCUUUACGAUGAACACUUUCCUCCUCUUCACCCUAAUUGUACCCAGAGUCUCACAGACCUUCUCCUGCUGCGCCAAGAAGUCCAGCUGAAAGAGCUGAAGCAGGCCGAGCAAGAGUCUGCAGGGAUCUUGAGGGAGAUGGUGCACGUCCUGAAUGAUAUCAAAGGCGCCCUGACGCAGAACCACACGUCUGCAGAAGUAUCCUGCCCAGCUAGCUUUAGGAAAUUUGGCGACACCUGCCUCUACCUUGCCAAGGACGUCGGCGUUAAUUGGGCAGCUGCUCGGCUGUUCUGUCAAGACUUCGGAGGAGAUUUAGCCGUGUUCCGAGACGCCAACGCAUUCGCACACGCUCUUGGAUACGUCAAAACAUCGGCGCCUGGAAAGAGAAUUGAUGUCUGGGUUGGCGGGACAGACAUCGCGAAGGAAGGCGAAUGGAGGUGGGUCUCCGGAGAAGACAUGCCCAGAGGAACGCCAUUCUGGGGAGACUAUAAUUACGAACGUGAGCCAAAUGAAUUAACCGACGCUAACUGUGCCAUCCUCCACGGCCACGAUGACUACUUACUGCACGACGUUUCCUGUGAUAGGAAAAGUCAUCCUCUCUGUGGGAUCAGCCCCUCGAGGACGGGCUAGCGGUAAGGGCUAGAUUCCAGCAGAUAUGAGUGGCGGAUGGGCCUUAAGGGAAGGAGGCGGAAAGAGGAGUUACCCCCCGAGAGACGUUGACUAUCUGUGUCCUAACCGUCGCAUCGGCAUCGGCUUCGGCAACGCAAGCAGCGAGGAUUUUUGUCUGCGCUUUUAAAUGUUUCUGUUACUCUCGCCUUUUCGGUUAUGCCAUUUU